UAGUGAUCAUAUCAAAGUUGAAACCUAGCACUUUUUUUUUUUUCUUCAAUUGAAUACCCGUUUUCCAUCGUUAUGGGUUAUGCCCCUGCUUUCAUAUGGCCCCACCUUCAAUCUUUUCUAAUUUAUUUGAUUGUAAUGUUUUGUGGCUUUACCAUCACCAAAAUCUUGAGAUAUCACUUAGUGGUAAAGCCCAAACUGCCCCCAGGUCCAAAACCAUGGCCUAUAGUAGGUAACCUUCCUCAAAUGCUUGCAAACAAACCUGUGUUCUGCUGGAUACACAAUCUUAUGCAAGAAAUGAAAACCGAAAUUGCAUGUAUCCGCCUAGGAAAUGUCCACGUAAUCCCAGUGACAUGUCCCAGCAUUGCUUGUGAAUUUUUGAGAAAGCAUGAUGUUGAUUUUGCAUCAAGACCACUAACCAUGGCCACUGAUAUCAUGUCUAGUGGUUAUGUGACAAUAGCUAUUGUACCCUUUGGGGAACAAUGGAAGAAAAUGAGGAGAAUCGUUGUCAACGAAUUAUUCUCCCCCCUCAGGCACCAAUGGCUUCAAGGAAAAAGGAAUGGAGAAGCUGAUAACAUCAUGUUUUAUGUCUACAACAAAUGCAAAAAUGUGAACAAUGGGGGCCUUGUGAAUGUCAGAGAUGUUGCGCAACAUUAUUGUUGCAAUGUGACUAGAAAAUUGAUUUUUAAUACAAGGUACUUUGGAAAGGGUAGGGAGGAUGGAGGCCCUGGUUUAGAGGAAGUAGAACAUGUGAAUACUAUUUUCACAUUGCUUAAGCAUGUUUAUGCCUUUUCUGUUUCUGAUUAUAUCCCGUGCUUGAGGAUUCUUGAUUUAGAUGGCCAUAAGAGCAAGGUGAAGAAAGGUAUGAGGACGAUGAAGAAGUAUCAUGAUCCAAUCAUUGAAAAGAGAAUGAAGCAAUGGAAUGAUGGAUCAAAGACCGUUGAAGAGGACUUGCUGGAUGUUCUCAUCUCACUCAAAGAUGUCAACAAUAAUCCUACAUUGACAUUGAAGGAAAUCAAGGCCCUAACUAUUGAACUUAUGCUUGGAGGAGCAGACAAUCCGUCAAAUGCAGUUGAAUGUGCACUUGCAGAAAUGAUAAAUCAGCCAUAUAUACUUCAGCAAGCCACUGAAGAAGUGGAUAAGGUUGUAGGUAAACAAAGAAUGGUGCAAGAAUCAGAUAUUACAAAUCUUAAUUAUGUAAAGGCUUGUGUAAGAGAAGCUUUUCGCCUUCAUCCUGUUGUGCCUUUCAAUCCUCCCCAUGUCUCAACAAAUGACACAAUGGUUGGCAAUUAUUUUAUUCCAAAGGGUAGCCAUGUGCUACUAAGCAGACAUGGACUUGGGAGAAACCUUAAAGUGUGGAAUAAUGAACCUCACAAGUUCAAGCCUGAACGCCACAUAAAGAAUGAUGGAUCUAUGAUUGUUUUGUCAGAGCCAGAUUUAAAGUUCAUAUCAUUUGGCACUGGAAGGAGAGGUUGUCCUGCAAUAGUACUUGGUUCUACAAUGACUGUAAUGUUAUUGGCUAGGUUGGUUCAUGCCUUCUCUUGGAGUGCACCUCCAAAUGUAUCAAGUGUCAACCUUGUUAAGGCUAAUAAUGGGGUUAUGCUUCUUGAGCCACUCGUGUUAGUAGCCAAGCCAAGAUUAACACCAGGGUUUUACUAUACGUAAUAGUUAAAUGCAAAAAAUAAAUCAGGAAGAGGUUGUGAUUUGUGAAUGCAUGUUGGCUUCAGGAGUUGAAUCACAUUUAAAAAAAAAAAAGGUGUUAUAGACAUAGACAUGAGAGGGACCAAAUAAUCAUUUAAAUAAAUUUAUGAUGCGGACUUAAGCAUGAGAGGAGUCAAAUCACAUUUUAAAAAAUUGAGUGAUCUUUUCCUAAUUUCUUAUGGUGAUGUCAUUUUGCAUUAUUAUGAGUUCUCUCAUCAUUGUGUAUAAAGAAGUAUGUGUUUUUCCGUAAA